CGCAGUCGUUUUGCUUCCCAAGACCACUACUACAAUACAAAGUUCAAGUCAAUAGAGAGAGAGACAGAAGGGGGAUUCUCGGUUCCAGUCGUUUUUUUCCGGAGAUCUGCUCCUUGGCUCGUUCCAUUGGCGCUUUGGCCUCUCCUCGAUCAAGAAAGAUGAUUGAUGAUCAACAGCUGGGAUUUCUUGCAAAUUUUCUAGGCAUUUUUAUAUUUGCUCUGGUAAUUGCUUACCACUACGUGAUGGCUGAUCCAAAAUAUGAAGGAAACUGAACGCCAAGAUAAAGUAUGCGCUUUUAGAUAAGCACCUAGAUUAUACUUGUACCAUGUUAGUAUUGUUUGCAGAACUGUACCGUAAAACUUGUCCCUGUCAAUCUUAGUUUUCUACUGAAGAUUGGGCUAUAAAAUUUUCUUUAGACUUGAAGCAUAUUAACAUGGUUCUUCAAUGCAUUUAGUGAUGCUUUGUCAAGAUGACCGUUAUCAUUGAAUA